AUGUCGUCCGUACUAGCGAUUGUCAGAGAUUUGUUAAGAACCAAGAAGGAUUUCAAAUUGACAAAUAAAGAUGGAGAGCCGGUUGAAGACAUUGUAGCGGCAAAAAAUAUAUCUUUUGGCUCCAAAACCACAGUCUUUUCUCUAGAUGAGGUGACUGAUUUUGAAAUUGAAGGAGAGAAGGUUCCUUUGAGAGUGGUUAUUCAGUGUUGGCUUCAUAGAGGCUCGAAUGCGGCAGAGUAUUUGGCUGAUUGCCAGAAGAAGCAAAUAUUCAACGUAUCAUUUUUACAAAGAACGGGUCUUCUCAAUUGGCUCUCAGGAAGCUCUGGAUCCUUACAAAUAUCCAAGCCCAAAGAAGAUGAGCGGUUUGGUAAGAAGUCCCCGGCUGCUGCUGCUGCCACCAACGGUAAAGAGGGAGAGAAGACAGGAAAUGGUUACUCUACCAUUCCUUCCAAUGGAGAAAACAAUGAUGUUAAUGACGAUCCGGUACUCAGGGAGGCCCUAUCUCGUGAAAGAGUACUGCUGGACCAUAACUCUUCCUUGAGAGGUAAUAAACCAAUCAACUUUAGCUAUCUAAUUAAGGAUGCCGAGCUAAAACUAGUUCAGUCAUUGAAGUCUUCAUUGCAUUCGAAGAAAGGAAGCCACAAUGAUUCUUCCAAUGGUCGUGUUUCAAAAUCUGCUGACUCCUCUCGUCAAGUCCCAAGAAAGGACCCCAUCAUUUUAAUACCUUCAGCUGCCUCUUCGGUGUUUACGAUGUCGAACAUAAAGAAAUUUUUACAGGAUGCCCACUAUGUAAAUCCACGGGACAUACCAGCAUCUCAAGUAGACUUGGUUAGGGUUGAGAAGAAAUUCGAUCGGAUAUCAAGACCAAUCAGAUUUAUCGUGGUAAACAAUACGAGGAUGUUUACCAAACCAGAGUACUGGGAUAGAGUUGUUGCAGUAUUCACAAUGGGUCACAAGUGGCAAUUCAAUAACUAUCAGUGGAAUACUCCACAGGAACUAUUCCAGCAUUGCAAGGGUUACUAUUUUCAUUACGCCGGUGACGUUGUACCCCAACAUGUGCAACAAUGGAAUGUGCAACAAGUGCAGUUAGAUAAAAACAUACGGUUUAAAGACAUCGAGGUCGUUCGCUUUUUCUGGAAUAGUCUUGAAAGAGAGUUGAUUGCAAGAGGAUACAAAUGA